AUGGACGUCGAUAAUAAACCGGCAACAGACGAUAUGGAAUCCACCGAAGCCGUCCGUUUCAUUUUUGGCCUACUGGACGAUAUAAACAAGCGCAUCGACGUGAAAUUACCGGCUGGUAUACUUGACUACCUUUGUGUAUCAGAAAUUCAAAUGCUAGUUGAUGAUAACAUAAACUCAAAAAAUUAUAAAUUCUCAGAAGAUGGCCAAAGAUUAAUACAUUUUAUUCUAUACUUAAACACUGAGAUGACAAAUUGUAAUUGGGUUAGAGAAGAUCCAUUGCUAAACCUCAAACAAUAUGUUCAUGGCAAUACCCUCUCAAAUAACCUAUACUGUAAACUCGUGGAUAUAUUGAAUUUAAAGCCAUUUAUAUCCGAAAUCAUAAUGUAUACUCCUUAUAGUUUUUGCAGCGAUUUAAUUGAUAUUAGCUUAAAUAAAAUAAAAGCUAUGGAUGGACUUUCACAGUUAGUUGAUACUGAAAAUCUAGUUGUUUCUUUGAUGAAAUCUGUUAAACGUGGGCCUAUAAGAUCUAAUUCAGAAAAUUCUGUAAUCGGCCACUUCAAUCAAGCCAUGCUAGUAUUCGGCAAGGAUAAUUUGCCGCAUGAUAUAAGAAGACUUGAUUUUGAAGAUGAACAAAAAGAAAUAACUAGAUAUAAUGGAUUUCGGGUGAAAAGCAUAUUUAAGAUCUUUAUAGAAAUGAUUAAAUACAGAAGUGUUCCUGAUACUUAUAGACUGAAUCCACUGUAUACAUUAACAUCAUUACGUUCUUCUAUUCCAUCAACAGAUACUGGGCAUGUUAUAUUUAAAAAAUGUUUUGAUGUGAUUAUGUACAAGUGUAUGGAUAUGUGCAAUUUCAGCAUUGAUACUUGGAUUGCUUGGUAUGAAGUGGAAGUUGUUGAAGAAGACACAAAUCUACAAGCAGCUAUUGGACAUCUGUGUUAUGAAUUGUGUAGUUUAAUAGAUAAUGGAACUAUUAAUGAACGCUUAUUAAAAGAAUUUAGGCCAAUUCUACGUAAUAUAGCCAUAGAAAAGAUUGAUUUUAGUAAUAUUGAUAUCACUGACAUUGAUGGAAUGGCUAAACGUGUAGAGAGUUCUUCCAAAUUUCAUCUCAACGCUUGGGUGAAAAAAAUGAUUGAAAACCCAAGUGUUUUCGUUCAUAACCGUGCCAUUCAAGUAAUUGGCAACUACAUAGACUGUGUUGAUUACAACUGCUUCAAAUGCAUCAUUGACAGUAUUAUGACUUAUUAUCAUAAUGAUGGUGACGUGUCCGAAGAUUUGGGAAACAUAAUAUUUAAAGGACUCAAACACUUGGAUUUAGAAGAUGCAUUGUGUAUUCUAAGAUAUUUUAUAAGCCACUAUGCCGAUUGUAUAUUUUAUGUAUCAAAUGAUUUUGAUGAAUUAUUACUGUAUGUUGCACAUAAUGAAUACAACGACAAUAUUGAUCCACAAGAAUUACUGUCCACGUUGAUUUGGCUUAUUAUUCAACAACCAAGAAAAAUGUUUAACUUAUUAAUAUCGCAAUAUGUCACCGGUAUUUGUGGAUUACCAGUCAAAGGAAUCGAAUCUAAGAGAUCAUGUUGCCACCAAGCGUUGGUUAUUAUGCAUGAACACAUGAAUUCUUUUUAUAUUUACCAAGAAUACAAGAACUGGUUGUCUUUUCAUUUAAAUUUACCAAUAGACCAAAAACAAAACCUUCGUCAAUGGAUUUUAGGAACUUCCAAACAUCUACCUGUAAUGGAACCAAAAGCAUUUCUUUCAAAUGUCUUAUUACCUCUUCUAGACCCUUCACCAAAUUAUGAUCAUAUGCUUUUUUUGGCCAUGUUAACCAAAAUGAUCUUGAAUGAAUGUCAUAUUAUGACGUCUCCUUACAUAGUAUUCUGGAAAACACUACUUAUUAAAUUGGCUAAAAUACUGGAUGAUGCCCGUUGGAGCAUUAAUAAUUAUUCAGCUGUUAGAGUCGAAAUAUGUGAAAAGAUGAUCGUAACUAUACAGCCUCUUCUGCACUAUGUUUCAUACUUAGAUAAUCAAGUUAAAGCAAAAUCUUUGGAAAAUAUCAAACAAGAAUUAUCAGGUUUACAUUUAAUGACUCGUUCUCAUUUCUUACGUUUAUGGACAUCUGAAUAUAUUACAAUAGAUGGAAUGGAUGAACAUUUGAUCAUGACUAUUCAAUCACAGAGUCAUAUUUCAUAUUCUAAUUUGAAUAGAUCAUCUACUCAAAGAGCUCAAGAAGAAUUUAUUUUCAGCAUUGCAACAUUUAUGCCAAAGUUCACAUUGCAUGAAAUGAAAAGUUUCAUAGCAAAUUACUUAAGUUCAGCAAAACCUUCAAACAUGAUAGAUGCAUCAUUUUUCUUAUUGGAAAGUGUGAUGAACUCUAUAAUGAGAAUUAUAGUGUACUUAAAAACUGCUGUACAAAAUGAACCUUACGAUAAUCAAUGUGCGUGGGCCUAUGUAGAAAAUACUAUUGUCAACUUUUUAGAUGCUGUAAAUACAUCAAAAAUGUGUUGUAUUUAUGAAGAUGACAUCAAUGUGGUUUUGGCAAUCAACAGUGUUACUAAAAUUGUAAUGGUAAUAAAACAGCUUGAGAAUAUUCGUCAAAUGCCUUUAUUGAUUGUCAUACGUCGCUUGAUUGAUUUAAUUGUUACACGGAUGGAACCUGCCGAAAUUUCAAAAGUUUUGUCUCUGUUAGCUUCUAUAAAAUCUCCAAAUUCUAGAAAAACAUUAAGAACUUCUAUUCAACGAUUGAUGAAUAAUCUUACAAUCAAAAAACAACGCGAAGAAGAAGUAUCCCACCAAGGCUGA